AUGGAUGAAAACCAAAAGGCAUUCUAUUUCUUCUCUUAUAAAUCACAAUUGGCUGCAUAAUCGACUAGAAGUCAAAUUUCUCUUUCGUAAAGUCAAGAAUAAGCAUCGAUGGCAUUUUAAUCAAGGAUCAAAGUUUAGAACAGAGACCCUCUGGCAUUGAGAAGGAAAUUGAGUCCAGCAGAAUUGAUCCCAUUGGAUGAGGAAAUUUUAGAACUUUAUGAUGACUUUUCUAGAAACUAUAAACUGUUGGGACACAUUAAUUAAACUGAACCUUUUUCUUCAAAAUAAAGCCAGUUUGAAGUGAUUAUGACACAGCCUAUUCAAGCAGUGAAGAGUGCUAGGUCAUUUGAUUCAGAAGAGCUAUUUUGUGAGCAGAAGAAUAAGUUAGUUAUCGCAAGAUUUAAAUUUUAUUAUUUUCGCCUGAAAAUUAAGGGCAGACCUUCUCCUUUGUCAUUAUGCUUCAAUUUUAUAGAAAGAGUGAUGGGGCUUAAGAUUUAUUUGUCUACAAAGGUAGAAUUCCCUUCAUCUUUCAAUGCAGAUUAAUUUGUUUAAUCAAAAUAUGCUACUUUAUAAAGUUAACACAAUCAUAAAAAAUUUCAUGAAAAUUAUUUAUAUAUUUCUCUGCAUUGUGAAACUGAUACGAGAUUGAAUAUAAAAGUUCAAUUUGGAAAGCAAUCUUUAAAUCAAACAGAAAAUAUUGCAAAAAAAUAAAAAUCUGAAGUUAGUGAAUAAUUACCUGAUAUACAAGUUGAGGAAAGUCAAUUUAGAAGAAGCAUAUUUACGAAUAAAGAUAAAAUUGUCAGAAAUUUAAAUGUCACACAAAAUUGCAUGAAUAAAAAGUUUAAGUUUUUAUUUGACUUAUAAUCUGAAAGAAUAAGCAAAUUAAAAAGUGCCUUGCAAAAUAAAAAAAUUGUAUCUCGAGAGUUCUAAAUAUCAAAAUUAUUAAAAUAUUAAGCUCGAUAAAUCAUACCAGAAUAUAGGAAAUAUGAGAGAACAUUUAAACAAAGAUAUAGUGUCUUAUAAUAACUUUAAAUCAAUUGGUUACAAACAGUCUUUGUAUUACAAUUGGUGGACUCUUUGAAUCUCUGUCUGAAUGAAAUCAAAAAAGCCUAUCACAUAAGGGCAUCAGGAAUGCUUUUAGCUUGGAGAUGGAAACUUAACAUUUUAUUGGUCCUCAAAAGAAACGGAAAUACAAUCCAAGAGAGAAGCAUUUAUUAAGCCAAAAUGGUUCUGAAAAGUCAUGCAAGACAUAUAAAAAAAACAAUAAGAUUGUAGGCAACUUAAGUUUUGCAUUCAGUUUUAACUUAAACGCUUCCAGUGAUUUCUUUAAAAAAUAGGAUGAUUAAAGUUAGAUCAAUUGUUCUUAGUGUCUAAGUCAAAUUCAGAUGGUUAAAAAAUUAAAAAAGAUUAUUUUAUGAUAGAUUUUGGAAAAACAUUAAUUAACUUUAUCUUUAGGUUUUAACUGAACUCUAAAAUAAAGGCAAAUAAAUGCCAGAGAAACCAGUGUUGCUAAAAAGACCCUCAAUUUAUUUGAUCGAUACGUACUGUUGA